CGCCAAUUCCUCGAGCGAGCGCCGUCCCGCGACUCCGCGGCCUCUAGAGGGCGCCGUUCUCCGGCUUCUCUGCGCGCUUCCCCCGUGCGCGAAUCCUGCCCGCUGCCGGAGUAUCUUUGUGUGGCACUCGGACGCUCCUCAUGCUCUGAAGCAGCACAUGUCCGGGAGGUGAAAACAGCGCCGCGGCCGGUUCGCUCCCUCCCUCCCUCGCUCGCUCGCUUGCUCGUUCCCGUCCCGGGGGGGCUGCGAUUACCGCACCCGGCUCUGGCGGCUCGGUCUCCGGGAGCCGAUGCUUUAGAGCCCGCGAGGGGGCAGUAGAGGAGCGCUGAAGAGCCGCGCUGAAGAGCCACGCUGAGCGGCAGCAUGGAGUUCGCGCAGCACCAGAGGGCUGCGGACGCCAAAGUGACCUACCCUCCUGGGGUGAAGGAGAUCACGGACAAGAUCUCCAACGACGAGGUGGUCAAAAGGCUCAAGAUGGUGGUGAAGACCUUCAUGGACAUGGACCAGGACUCGGAGGACGAGAAGCAGCAGUACCUCGCCUUAGCGCUGCACCUGGCCUCCGAAUUCUUCCUGCGCAACCCCAACAAGGAUGUGCGCCUCCUGGUCGCCUGCUGUCUGGCCGACAUUUUCCGCAUCUACGCCCCCGAGGCACCCUACACAUCCCACGACAAGCUCAAAGAUAUUUUCCUGUUCAUCACCAGGCAGCUCAAGGGCCUUGAAGACACAAAGAGUCCUCAGUUCAACCGCUACUUCUACCUGCUGGAGAACCUGGCGUGGGUGAAGUCCUAUAACAUCUGCUUUGAGCUGGAAGACUGCAACGAGAUCUUCAUCCAGCUCUUCAAGACUCUUUUCUCGGUCAUCAAUGCUAGCCAUAAUCAGAAGGUGCACAUGCACAUGUUGGACUUGAUGAGCUCCAUCAUCACAGAAGGGGACGGGGUGACUCAGGAGCUGCUGGACACCAUCCUCAUCAACCUCAUCCCUGCUCACAAGAAUCUGAACAAGCAAGCGUACGAUCUCGCCAAGAUUCUGCUGAAGAGGACCGUGCAGACCAUCGAGACCUGCAUUGCCAACUUCUUCAACCAGGUCCUGGUGCUCGGCAAGUCAUCCGUGAGCGACCUGUCGGAGCACGUCUUCGACCUGAUCCAGGAGCUCUUUGCCAUAGACCCUCACCUUCUGGUCUCUGUCAUGCCACAGCUAGAGUUCAAGCUCAAGAGCAACGAUGGCGAGGAGCGGCUGGCCGUGGUGCGUCUGCUGGCCAAGCUCUUCGGAGCCAGGGACUCUGAGCUGGCCAGUAACAACCGCCCGCUGUGGCAGUGCUUCCUGGGAAGGUUUAAUGACAUCCAUGUGCCAGUGAGACUGGAGUGUGUGAAGUUUGCCAGUCAUUGUCUGAUGAAUCACCCAGACUUGGCCAAAGAUCUCACAGACUAUCUCAAGGUUCGAUCACAUGACCCAGAGGAGGCCAUACGACAUGAUGUCAUUGUCACCAUCAUCAAUGCGGGGAAGAAGGACUUGAACCUGGUGAAUGACCAGCUGCUGGGCUUCGUCAGGGAGAGGACGCUGGACAAGCGGUGGCGGGUGAGGAAGGAGGCCAUGAUGGGCCUCGCUCAGCUGUAUAAGAAGUACUGCCUGCACCAUGAAGCUGGCAAGGAGUCCGCCCAGAAGAUCAGCUGGAUCAAGGACAAGCUGCUCCACAUCUACUAUCAGAACAGCAUUGACGACAAGCUGCUGGUGGAGAAGAUCUUUGCUCAGUUCAUGGUGCCUCACAGCCUGGAGACAGAGGAGAAGAUGAAGUGUCUGUAUUACCUGUAUGCCUGCCUGGACCCUAAUGCGGUUAAGGCUCUGAAUGAGAUGUGGAAAUGCCAGAACAUGUUGAGAAGCCAUGUCCGGGAGCUCUUGGACCUGCACAAGCAGCCCACGACAGAGGCCAACAGCACUGCCAUGUUCGGGAAGCUGAUGACCAUAGCCAAGAACCUGCCGGACCCUGGCAAAGCCCAAGACUUUGUGAAGAAGUUCAACCAGGUUCUUGGUGAGGAUGAGAAGCUGCGCGCCCAGUUGGAGAUGCUCAUCAGCCCAACGUGCUCCUGCAAACAGGCCGAGGUCUGCGUGAGGGAGAUCUCCCGGAAGCUGACCUUCCCCAAGCAGCCCACCAACCCGUUCCUGGAGAUGGUGAAGUUCCUGCUGGAGCGUAUUGCGCCCGUACACAUUGACUCGGAGGCCAUCAGUGCUCUCGUGAAGCUGCUGAACAAGUCUAUCGAGGGAACCGCGGACGACGAAGACGAGGGCGUGACACCCGACACGGCCAUCCGCUCUGGGCUGGAGCUGCUGAAGGUGCUGUCCUUCACCCACCCCACCUCCUUCCACUCGGCCGAGACGUACGAGUCCCUGCUGCAGUGCCUCAAGAUGGAGGACGACAAGGUGGCCGAGGCGGCCAUCCAGAUCUUCAGGAACACCGGGCAGAAGAUCGAGGCCGAGCUGCCGCACAUACGAUCGACCCUGAUCCCUGUGCUCCACCAGAAGGCUAAGAGGGGGACUCCGCACCAGGCCAAGCAGGCUGUGCACUGCAUCCACGCCAUCUUCCACAACAAAGAGGUGCAGCUGGCGCAGAUCUUCGAGCCUUUGUCACGCAGCCUGAAUGCAGAUGUCCCCGAGCAGCUCAUUACCCCCCUUGUGUCGCUGGGCCACAUCUCCUUGCUCGCUCCGGACCAGUUCGCCUCGCCCAUGAAGUCAAUCGUGGCCAACUUCAUUGUGAAGGACCUGCUGAUGAACGACAGGUCUAUAGGCAACAGGAACGGGAAGCUGUGGACUCCAGAUGACGAGGUGUCUCCCGAAGUGCUGGCCAAGGUACAGGCCAUUAAAUUGCUGGUUCGUUGGUUGCUGGGAAUGAAGAACAACCAGUCCAAGUCGGCCAACUCCACGCUGCGGCUCCUGUCUGCCAUGUUGGUGAGCGAGGGGGACCUGACGGAGCAGAAGAAGAUCAGCAAAUCGGACAUGUCCCGGCUGCGCCUGGCGGCGGGCAGCGCCAUCAUGAAACUGGCGCAGGAGCCCUGUUACCAUGACAUCAUAACACCAGAGCAGUUCCAGCUGUGCGCCCUGGUCAUCAAUGACGAGUGCUACCAGGUGCGGCAGAUGUUUGCCCAGAAACUGCACCUGGCGCUGGCCAAGCUGCUGCUCCCGCUGGAGUACAUGGCCGUGUUCGCCCUGUGCGCCAAGGACCCGGUGAAGGAGCGGCGCGCCCACGCCCGACAGUGCCUGCUCAAGAACAUCAGCGUGCGCCGCGAGUACAUCAAGCAGAACCCUAUGGCCCACGAGAAACUGGUGUCGCUCCUCCCAGAGUAUGUCGUCCCCUACAUGAUCCACCUGUUGGCCCACGACCCGGACUUCACCAAGCCCCAGGACUCCGAGCAGCUCCGCGACAUCAAAGAGUGCCUGUGGUUUAUGCUGGAGGUGCUGAUGACCAAGAACGAGAACAACAGCCACGCCUUCCUUAGAAAGAUGGUAGAGAACAUCAAACAGACCAAGGACGCUCAAGCACCUGACGACCCCAAAGUCAAUGAGAAGCUCUACGUCGUGUGUGACGUCGCGCUCCUUGUGAUCGCCAACAAGAGCACAGCUUGUCAUCUGGAGUCUCCCAAGGACCCGGUUCUGCCCACGAAGUUCUUCACACCUCCUGACAAGGACUUUGUAAACAACAAGGAGUACCUGUCGUCAGAAGCCAGGACAACUCUCCUAACAGGAAAGCCAAAGCCCACUCCAGUGCUGGGAACGGUGAACAAGCCGCUGUCCGUGACGGGGAGGAGGCCCUACACGAAGACCACCCCGUCGGACGUCGGCAGUAACAUCAGCGGCACCUCUCAGCCCAGUUCACCUGCGGACUCCAAGGGAAGGGACGGCGGCGCAGGGGCAGGCGCGAGCGAGAACGAGGAGAACCCCGGCAUUGUUCUGGCUGUGAAGACGGAUGGAGGGAAGAAGGACACAGAUGCGGGCCAAGCCAGUGGGGAUCAGCGGGGUAAGAAACGAGAAGGCAGCGAGAACAACGCCACCCCUACGGUCACACCCGCCACCCCCACGCCCCUCAACAAGCCCCGGAGAGGACGGCCCCCCAAGUCGCUGGCCAGCAGUGCAGGUGGGGUCACGAGCGCAGAGAAAGAGGGAAGCGGUGUGGGGAGAGGCCGGAAGAGGGCCUUGCCCCCCCAGGACACGAGCCCCGCAGCAGAGCCAGUGACCAAAACACCGAAACAGCAGAAGGACACAGACUCCAAGAGGGCAACGCCACAGAGACAGGUGGACCUGCAGAGCCUCGCUGCUCCGAGCCGAGUUCCCUCCAGGAGGCGCUGCAUCUUGGGCAGCGAUGGCGACACGGAGAGGGAGAUCGAAUCCAGUCCCGAGUGUUUGGCAGCUAGUGGAGCAGGGAGAGAGGAGCAGGGGCUGCUGGGAGCCGACACCAUCCAGGUAAAAAGAAAAUGGACACAGAGGCACAGGAGGUAAAGGACCAGGUUCGAGCUCCUGGACACUUGCCGAAGACACUGAGGCUGUAGACACCUUCCCUUCGUGGCUCUACACACACACACAUCUUCCAGACUCCCUCCUCUGCGAAAGUGGGAAUGAAACGAUUUAACUCGGAAAGGGUUCAGAUUCAGCGUCGGCUGAAAGAACCGCCCGUUUUUGUUUUUACGAUUCUUUUACAAUUUUAGACGUUUACCGUUGUAUAUUAAAUCCUUUUUAUUCCG